GUCCUCUGUGCUAAGCUUCUAUACUGCCCUCCAGAUCGAUCCAUCGACCUGCAUAUCCCCAUGUCUGAGUUUCUAGCAAGUCAUUCAAAGACCCUAACUUGACCUGAGUUCCUUCAUCAAUGGUCACCAUCGACCUCCAAAAUGUUCCAAACAAAAUAAAAUAACUUCUUCCAUUUCCUCUCUUCCCCUUCUAGUUUUCGUUUCUACUGUUUCACCGGCGAAGCUCCGCCGCACUCAACCGGCACGUUAUCCCCGAAAUUAGGCGUCCUCACAACUGAAGCGAGGUUCUGACUGGAAACCCCUUCAGUUCUCUCUAUCGCGCGCAUACAUGGCAGCCGUUUCUGGCUCAAUUUUGAAUAUUUCAGGUAUCAAAAGUCACCCAAUUGAUGGUACAGGUCGCACAAAGUUGCCUUUCCAGAUUCAUAAUCACGACUCUUACAGAUUCAGUAAACCACAAUGUAGGAUAGCAUUGUUUUCGAAAAAGUUUGGAAAUCACUCGAAUCAAUAUUUCCAUCAUCGGUUUCCAUGCACCACACACAUUUUGUCAUCCGGAAGAAACUAUCCGCUGGACAACAACAACAACGCUCACAGGCCUUCCUUGUUAAACUUCAUUCGAGAUGUCAUGGGGACCCUUAGGAGUUUAUUUCUCUUUCUAGCUGAACAGCCGAGCCAGCUAAAGUAUAUUGAAUGGCCAAGCUUUGGGAGCACGCUGAAGACUGCUACAUUGACUCUUGUUCUGGUUGCUGUUCUUAUUGUUGCACUUUCCUCGGUUGAUUCAGCCUUGUCUUAUCUAUUGGCUUUGCUUUUGCGGAGAAAGUUAUGACUACAAAAAAUGAGGUUGCUGAGAAUUUCGCAGAAAUGGUGAGGUGUGAAAUGAAAAGAUAGCUUAGUAUCACAAACCACUCCAUAGUUUCACAUGUGACGUGGCGCACGUUUUUAUUGGAUGCAUGCAUUAGAUAUCAAACACAAACAGUGCUAUGUAUUUCUUGUGGGUUUAGAUAAUAAUGAAAUGUAGGUUUAGACUGCUAUUAUUUCUUGUGCAGUUUUCCCAUUUACUGAUGUGUUUUAACUCUGAAAUUGAUAAAGUGCACAGUCAAUGGCUAGCUUAUAAUUGCAACCCAUGUAUAGAGUUCGU